CGUGUCAUUGUUGUACCGGUUACAAAUGAGUAAAGGGAAAUACACUUGCCGCUUUGAACUAACAAGAGCUCUUCUGUAGCCUACACGUUAUGUUUUUAACGGUUAACGUUGAUCCCUUUAAAGCCUACGUAUUUUCCUUCAGCGAAGUCUUCUGUCACCUGUCAGAAGCGGAACAUGCGCGUUUGAGAGCGCAGGGAGAGAGGGAGAGGAUGUGGUGUAGUAGGAUAGAACUGAAGACAGACCCGCACGGAAAACCGUCGUCCAUCGACAGAAGAGAUGCGCGAUAUCAACAAAGAACUGAGAGAACGAGGGAGAGGGCGAUGUAAAGAUGGAGAAAUAAUUUGAGAUGCACGCAGAGUCGAGGGGAGCCGUUUUCACCGCUUUUCACCACGUUCUUUGGAGCUAAAAACGCAGAGCGUCGCGUCGAAAUCGAAACGGGGGGCGGCGGGAGGGGGCCAUCAUGGGGAACGAAGCGAGCCUCGAAGGCGGCGAAGGGGUGCUUGCUGGAUUACCGGAGGGGCUCGCACCGGACGGGAAAGGAGGCUUCAUUCGGACCUCCACGGGGGCACAGGUGGACCUGAGCCAACUCAGCGAGGAUGACAGGAAGCAACUCGCCGCGGCUAUGUCAAGGGCGCAAGCCAACAAGCCCGGGGGCGCGCCCGCUCGAAGGCCCUCGGAGGCAGAUGUUCAGCAGCGGCCCCAGCAGCCAGGAGUUGGACCCUCUGUUCGGCUUAGCAAGAGUCGUACCGUAGACGCAUUUGGAGAGGGCCCCACUGGCAGGCCGGCCCCUGGCCGCAGUCCCUCGUCCCUCAGCCUCUUAGAGUCCCGAUUCAGGCAGGAGCCUAAGGACCCGGAGAAGAAAACAGGCAUGUUUGGCUCCAGCUUCCUGAGUGGGGCCAACCCGCUUAACGCUGUCUCGUCCAUGACGUCCCAGGUGUCCUCUGGAAUGUCCUCCAUGUCCUCCGAGGUUACCUCCAUGGGCUCCGGGGUCAACAUGCCCUCAUUUGGCCUGUUUGACAAGGAAGAGAAGCCUGGAGAGAAGCCCCAAGGUGGGCCCCCAGGGCCGGGCAGCAAGGGCCCCCAGCAGGGGGGGCCAAGACCCCCUGGCCCCGGACAAGGGCCCAGACCCCCUGGGCAGCAAGGGCCCAGACCUACUGGUCAAGGACCCCCUGGGCAGCAAGGGCCCAGAACCCCUGGCCCCGGACAAGGGCCCAGACCCCCUGGGCAGCAAGG